GCCUCCGAACAGCAUCCCAAGAGAACCCGAGAGACAUCCAACACGCCUCUGACCAGCGAAUCAAACGGUGGCGGGAUUCAUUGACAGAACUUCGGUGAUGUCAGAUUCCUUGUCGCCGCUGCUGCUGCCGCCCGUGGUGUGUGUGUGUGUGUGUGUGUGCGUACGCUUGCGUUUCCCAUCCCAUGCCACGGGUGUAUGAUUGGAGGCCAGUUCGGGAUGCCGAAUACGUUGCCUUGUGGGCGAAACAGGAUUGGCAUGUCAAAGUGGGUCGUUUUGCAAAUCCGUAGCCAUUUUGGCUCAAUGGUAGAGGAGUCCGAGAGAUUCCUAGAACCCACUACGAAGCACCACGUACUCGCUCACGUACAACCCCGCAUCUACCUACCGUGGCCUCGCCUCCCCACGAUGGGUCAGUGCCAGAGCAUGCUCGACAACAUGGCGGAGUCGUCUACGCCAUCCAAGCCAAAGACGCUGAUGUUCCACAUCGGCACAAACAAUUGGCAGAGGCAGGGCGAGUUCGCCCCCGGCAGCGGCAUCGUGCACGCCUCCAUGCACCAGACCUUCAACUCGAUGCCGGGCGUGAAGUGCUACAGCAUUUACCCCAGCAAGAACCAGACGGGCCCCGAGGCGAGCGAGGAGGACAACUUCUGGGUGUUCAAGCUUGACCACGACAUCCCGAUCUGCGAGUCGGUGAGCCCCAACUCCUCGUACAGGUGGUACUCCAUGAACGACGAGCAGAUCGCAGCGUAUCGCCAGCGUCUGGAAAACGAGGUCUGCCAGUGCAUGGACGAGAUCGAGAAGAAGGAGGGGAAGGAGUUCGACUGCCUGAUCACGCACCACGCCUUCAUCAACGCCAUGACCGGUGCCCAGAUCCUGGAGCGUCGCAGGAAGAAGGGGAAGACCAGUCUGAAACACUUCAAUUUUGUCCAUGGCACCGCGCUGAAAAUGUACAUCAACGAGAAGAAGAAAGAUCCGGAGUACCCCGAGCGCUUCCUGCCCCUCUGCCAGAACCAUGGUGUCUUCACUGGUGACGCGCUGUGCUCUGGUAUCUGGGUGAAUUCUGAAGACUCCAUCAACAAGUUUGUCGAAUGCUUCCCCAAGUAUCCGAAGUCCAAGCUUGUCGUCUCGUGCAUCGGCGUGGACCAGAACGUUUUCCGCCCCACCGGCGCCACUGUCAAGGAUUUGGCGAAGCACGUGCGGGAGGCGGACAAGGGCAAGCUGGCGCCGAUCAAGAGGGUCGUGACCUUCGUGGGCAAGUUUGCUGACUGGAAGCGCCUGGACGCCGUGCUCUACGCGGCUGCGGCGUACGAGGAGACCUUCCCUGACCUGGCCACGGUGAUUGUGGGCAGCGGCCCGCCCGACGCCGUUGCGCUGUACGAGGGUCUCGCGGUCAAGAUCGGUUUGCAGCGGACCUUCUUCGUGGGCGCCAAGGGGCAAGAUGUGCUCGCGGAGCUCUUCUCCGUGUCUGAGGUGGGCAUGUUCCCCUCCUACAACGAGCCGUUCGGCAUGGUCUUCAUCGAGUGCAUGGCCUGCGGCACGCCGACGAUCGGCGCAAACAGCGGCGGCCCGACGGAGUUCGUGAAGCUGGAGCAGGGAGUGCUGGUGCCGGAGGAGGAGGACUGGCGCUCGGAGGCGGGUGCCAAGCGCCUGGGCGAGAAGGUCGCGGGCGCCGUGACCUCGGCCUUGAACGAUGACUGGAAGGGCAAGACCAAGGGCCCCACGUGCGUGCCGUUCGUGAGGGCUUUCUACUCCACGAUGGCUCAGUGCCAGGGCAUGCUCGACAACAUUGCGGAGUGGACCAGGUGAUCUUGCUAUGGACCCGUGGCAAUCUUGCAGUUGUAAGUAUUUUGUACAUGUAUGUGGGUGGCGAGAGUGGCCCAACUAUUUGCAUUUUGAGUGUUCUCAGGUAUUACAUGUUUCCCAUCGCCACCAGGGCGUGGGAGCAGGCUGUCAAAGGCUGGCCCGGAUGCUGAAGACAUUCCGUGCCGGGGCCCACUCUUCGUCUUUUCCAUCGCAGCAGUUGCGGUCAGGUUGCGAGCUUGUGUGGUUGGAACCAUCGCCGCUACCUUUGACCCGUCAGCAUUUCGUUCUGCACGCACAUCUCGGAUUGUCUGUGAUGCAUCGCCCAGUCGAAUUGAA